UCAAAUUUUCGUGACACUGAUCCCUCACCAAAAUUCACAAUGGCAGACGAAGCAGAAGAACCUGCGGCGACACCGGAUCCCGUACUAGAACCAGAAGCAGCGGGUGGGGUUCCACCUGAAGAAGCUCCACCAGAAGGCGAACCUCCAACCGGAGAAGCUCCACCAGAAGAAAACGCUCCACCGAACGAAGAGGGUGCAGCUGCAGCACCUCACCCAGAAGAAAAGGCUCCACCUGGAGAAGCUCCACCAGAGGGAGAAGCAGCAGCACCUCCAGCGGAACCCCCAUCAGCAACCCACCAGGAUGCUCUCAGUAUGGAAUUCCUCUACUACGGUUCCGUGCUUAAAGUAAUAGCACCGACUCUGACGAACGACCCUGAUAAGGCUUUAGUGACUCCGUGGAUAAAAAAAUUGUUCAGACCGGAGUACCAAACCUCGAUGUUGAGGGAAAAGCGAAACAGGUAUUUGGUAGCUCUCACAUGUAAUCUUCUCAAUGAUGAGGUCUCUGGAAUCUUUCGGGAAAAGCCACCAGACGACGCUUUGGUUUGUUUGAAGACGAUUCACCCGGAACCGUCGACUGCAGCCGAAUGGGAGACCGACAGGAUGUGGCAGGAGACGCUUUUGUCGCUUCCUGAGGAUUUCGAGAUGAUGACUUGCAGCGUGCAUGGUUCUCCAGAUGAAUGUAAACAGGACCACAGGCUCGAUAAAGUUUUGGACCAAGAGUUUCAGUAUUUGCUGUAUUUGACGCGACCUUACGCCGCGCUGCUUCCUGCUGAAGAUAAGACGAGAACUGCGGCGUGGUUGCAGACUUUGUGUACCAUCCAUGGUGAUCACUGCUCCAGCAUGAAAGCGAUAAGGAACGACUACAUUAUGGCGCUUUUGGGUUAUUUGCACGAUUUGCGUAUCGUGGGUCCUUUCACUGAGUAUCCGCCGGUUGUUCUGGAGCGUUUGGACGCCGCGGCGAAGAAGUCGGCCCGGAUUAAUCCGGUAAUUGAUCCGGCUAGUCCUGAAGCAAAUCAAUUUUUAUUGGAUCAGCCGGUUCCGGACGAUGGGGCAUUUUGUUACGUGGCUCUGACAGGAGAUUUGGUCGCUAGCAGUUUAUAGACAGGGGGGGUCGAUUUUUCUAAAUAAACGGCGACUUUAUCAAACAA